CUCCUCCCUUCAUUCCUUCCUUAUUAAUCAACCAAUUUCCCCAUAAAAGCCAAACACAUUCAAUACACAAUAUAUAUCUACAGAUACAAAAACUGUGUGUGUUUAUUUGCAUUUAUGGGGUUGGGUUUUGAUUUUUCUGACCUUGGUUUAUAAGGUGAUACGUCAUGCAGGCCGUUGUCUAGUGACGUUAUCAGAAUAUGUGAUGGGGAGUUUGUGAACUUCUUUUGUCGGUCUGCAUUUAUAGUUAAAAUGGCGUUGUGACGGUUACAUAGCGUUUUGCAGCUCUGAUAAUUUAUAUUUCUAAUAUUUUGUAGCAUCCUAGUUAGAGCUGUUUAGCAAGUAUAGUAUUAGUCGAAGUAAAAGUAGUAUGGAGCAAAUGACAUUUCUUCACAAUCAAAAGCAAAAUCUCCGUAAGUACACAGGUCGGUCCUCGAAAGAUCUAUGGGUGGCGGUGCAAGGGGGGUCUAUGACUGAUGUAAAUUCGGCCUUGGUGCUAUUGAAGAAAAAUGGAGGAAAUAUUAAUUCAAGAAAUACUUUCGGGCUUACACCUCUCCAUAUCGCCGUAUGGAGAAAUCACAUACCAAUAAUUAAACGAUUGCUAGCAGCUGGUGCAGAUCCUAAUGCUAGGGAUGGGGAAUCUGGAUGGAGUAGCCUUCACCGGGCUUUGCAUUUCGGUCAUUUGGCUGUGGCUGGUAUUCUUCUUAAAAAUGAUGCUUCUGUUGCAAUAGAGGACUCUAAGUCACGGACACCUGUGGAUCUCCUAUCUGGGCCUGUGCUAUGGGCUAAUGGCAAGGGAGAUGGUUCAGUAGUGACGGAGUUGUAUAGUUGGGGAAGUGGUGUUAAUUAUCAACUAGGGACGGGGAAUGCUCACAUACAGAAGUUGCCUUGCAAGGUUGAUUCACUCAAUGGAUCUUUCAUCAAGUUGAUUUCUUCCGCCAAGUUUCAUAGUGUGGCGGUUAGUGAUCAUGGUGAAGUUUACACUUGGGGAUUUGGACGGGGCGGUCGCCUUGGGCAUCCUGAUUUCGACAUCCACAGUGGUCAGGCAGCAGUUAUAACUCCCAGACACGUAACAUCAGGGUUAGGGUCUCGCCGUGUUAAGGCAAUUGCAGCAGCUAAACAUCAUACGGUUGCAGCCACAGAGGGUGGCGAAGUCUUCACCUGGGGUUCAAACCGGGAGGGUCAACUUGGUUAUACAUCCGUUGAUACCCAGGCAACACCACGGAGGGUUAGCUCGCUGAAGUCAAAAAUAGUUGCUGUUGCUGCUGCAAACAAGCACACAGCGGUAGUGUCUGAUUCAGGUGAGGUUUUUACUUGGGGCUGCAAUAAAGAAGGUCAACUUGGUUAUGGAACUUCCAAUUCGGGUUCAAAUUAUACCCCAAGGCUUGUUGAAUACUUGAAAGGAAAAAAAUUAGUUCUCGUAUCAGCAGCCAAGUAUCAUACCAUUGUUUUAGGAGCUGACGGAGAGGUGUUUACUUGGGGUCACCGACUUGUAACUCCGAGGCGUGUAGUUGUUGCUAGACUUAUAAAGAAAAGUGGAAGCACUCCCUUAAAGUUCCAUCGCUCUGAAAGACUGCAUGUGGUAUCGAUUGCUGCAGGGACGGUACACAGCAUGGCUCUUACCCAUGACGGUGCUUUGUUCUAUUGGGUGUCCUCUGAUCCCAAUCUGUGCUGUCAACAGUUACAUACACUUUGUGGGAAAAACAUGGUUAGUGUAUCUGCCGGAAAGUACUGGACGGCUGGAGUUACAGAUUCUGGCGAUGUUUAUUAUUGGGAUGGAAAGAACAGAAAAGAUGAACCACCAAUCGUAACUCGAUUAAAUGGUAUCAAACGAGCGACUUCAGUUUCAGUUGGAGAGACGCAUCUAUUGGUAAUUAGUUCGCUCCAUCAUCCUUCAUAUUGUCUUGUGAAUUCUGAUGGCCCUCAGUGCUCGAAGCCUAAAUCAAGUGAUGAUUUAAGCGAGUUGGAUGAAGAUUUUGCUUAUGAUGAUAUUGAGAUUGAUGACAUGACACAAAAGGUUGACACUGAAGGCAAGCAAACACCAACUUUGAAAAGUCUUUGUGAGAAAGUUGCAGCGGAACAUUUGGUGGAGCCAAGAAGUGCUUUGCAACUUCUUGAAAUUGCAGACUCACUUGAGGCACAUGAUUUGAAGAAGCAUUGUGAGGAAAUUGUGAUACGUAAUCUUGACUACAUUUUUACGGUUUCGGCACAUGCAAUUGCUGGCACUUCACUGGAUCUUUUAGUGAGCCUCGAGAAAUUAUUGGAUUCAAAAUCAUCUGAAACAUGGAGCCAUCGUCGGCUUCCGACCCCAACAGCCACUUUUCCUGCUGUCAUUAAUAGUGAAGAGGAUGAUAGUGACAAUGAGUUUUUCAGGACUCGUGAGGACAACAAUGGUGAGAAGGUGGAAGAAAGAAACCAAAGAUUUGAUAGCUUUUUACAACCAAGUGAUCCCGCAUAUCAAGAAAUUGGCAAACAAGUGCGUGCUUUGAGGAAAAAGUUGCAACAGAUUGAGAUAUUAGAGGAAAAACGAUCUAAGGGUUAUCAUCUUGAUAGCCAACAGAUUUCAAAGCUUCAAACCAGGCCAGUGUUGGAGAACUCACUCAUUGAGCUUGGGGUUCCUGUUGAGACAAUUGGGUCAAAGUCAACAUCUCCUGCUGCCCAGAAGGACGAGGUUACCAAGAAACAGAAGAAGAAGAAGAGCAGAAGAAAAGCGGCGCAAGGGGAAGAGGUGAAUGGUAACUAUAAGCCAGAUGACAGAUUAAAUACAGUAAAAGGUUUCCCUACUUCUGAACUUUCCCAAGUUGACCAGAAGGAAAGGGAUAUAGAUGACAAGGGUAAAAUAGACGGUCUAGUUGUCAAGGUGUCGCCCGAUAACUACAAGAAAGAUCUUUCAUGCAUGAAAAGUAAGAGUUUAUCGUCGCCCGCAUCAUCCAAGAAAAAGAACAGGAAGGGUGGGCUUUCUAUGUUUUUAAGUGGGGCUCUUGAUGAUGCCCCUAAAAUCGUCACUACUCCUCCAGUCACACCCAAAAGUGAAGGCCCUGCAUGGGGUGGCACCAAAGUUUCGAAAGCACCCACGGGACUUACUUCUCUUCGUGAGAUACAGGACGAGCAGGAAAAAUCUGUGGAAAAUAAGCCCAUUGCUAAAAAGGAAGUUAAAACUGGUGGAAAAGUUUCAUUUAGUUCAUUUUUGACGUCAAACCCAAUUCCCAUGGGUCCGGGUCUCUCCCCCCAGGUGCAUGAUGCCGAAAGAAGCACCCCUCCUUGGAUUCCUUCAGGGACCCCACCUCUUAGUAAUCGCCCAUCUCUUAAAAGCAUUCAGUUGCAACAGGAGAAGAAACAACAGACGUUAUCGCACAGCCCUAAAACAAGAACCACUGGGUUCUCUGUGACAAGUGGUCAGGGUUCACCAUCAGAUUCAGCUGGUUUGAAUCGCUGGUUCAAGCCAGAGGUUGAAGCCCCGUCUUCUAUACGGUCAAUUCAGAUUGAGGAGAAGGCCAUGAAGGAUCUCAAGCGAUUUUAUAGCAAUGUUAAGGUUGUUAAGAACCAGUUUUAGAAGGUUCAGCAGGUACACUUUUAGUUUAACUGCAUGGGUCAUUUUCUAGUUUUGUUUAUGUAAAUCAACUGUAGAUACUCUAUUGUACAUUAAUAUCGACCUUCUAUAAGUAGGAACUUUGAUUUACAUUCAAUCUGUCAAUAAAGCUCCCUUAGACUCUUGUCUCUUUGAAGCUC